ACUUUCGCUGAUCGCUUUCUCGUCUUUUCUCGCCGAUUUUCCUUCCCGCCAAACACUCCCUCUUCCCUUCGCCGCCACCGCCGCCGCCGGUUCUCAUUCCUCCGAUCCUCCGAUAUAUCUUCCUCUUCAUUUCUAUCCGUGGAACCUUGUAAAAUUGCUUGGUACUCUUUUAUGUGAAUAGAUGUCAGUUGCCAAGCUCAAGGUCUCUGGCUCUCCAGAUAUCAUGAAAACAGAAGACAGAAUAGAUACCAUAAUCAGACAAGCAAUUGGCAAAGAGCCUUUCCUUGCUUUUCCAAGGGCUGGUGAUAGCCCUGUACAGUGGAUUCAACUACUUCAUGCUUUAGAUCAGCAAGGUGUUAGCAAUUCUCUUUCAGAACUUCCUGGGUGGCCAUUGCUUUCUCCUCUGAAGGUUCAGUUGCAGAAGUGUGACAAGUGUUCUCGAGAGUUUUGCUCCCCCAUUAACUAUAGAAGACAUAUACGUGUACACCACCGGUUGAAAAAACUCGAUAAGGAUUCUACAAAAACUAGGGAUCUUUUAGGAGCAUAUUGGGAUAAGCUCUCUGUAGAAGAGGCAAAGGAAGUUGUAUCAUUCAAUAAUGUGAUGCUGGAGGAAGUUCCGGGGUCCUCAAUUUUGCAAGCCCUGACAACUCUUAUUCAGAAACAAGGAUUUUAUUCACUUCCUCAGUAUUAUCUGAGGGCUGGUGCAGCCCUUUUGGAUAUUGUUCAGUCUAAACCUUCCAGUUUUCCUAUAUCUUCCCAGGAGUUGUUCAGUAUCCUUGACGAUGCUAGUGAAAAAACAUGUUUUUGGGGGACAACAGUGUCAAUGCAAAGAUAUGUUUUCGAUGGAGAGGCUGGAAAAAUUGGUCUUGAACCGAAAAACCUAGUUGCUACCACAAGUUUCUUGCUAGAACAGAAAUUGGUGAAGGCAUGGCUUGCGGACAAGGAUGCUGAAGCACUGAGGUACCAGAAGCAAUUGGUGGAGGAGGAAGAGGCUGCUCAGAAAAGACAAGCUAAGAUUUUGGAGAGGAAACGCCAGAAAAAGCUCAGGCAAAAAGAACAGAAGGCUAGGGAACAAAGACACAAGGAUGAGGCAGAAAUUAAAGGGAAUAUUGGCUGUACUUUAAAGGCUUUAUCAACAGCAGAAGCAUCUUUGGAUACAUAUUAUUUUGUAGCUCAUAAUCCAGAUACAUUUGCAGAUAACGCUCCUUCAGAUGUACCUUUACAAUGCCCUGACACUAGUGAAAGAAUAGAUGGGGAUACUCAGUCAGGGUAUGAUUUUGGCACUGAUCAGAAUCUUGAGCGACAGUCAGCACGUGGACAUAAUCAUCGGCGCUUAGUAGUUGCCAGACGGCUGGGGCUGCCAAAACCACAAUGGGCUGUAGCCAAUGAAUUGCACACAAACCAGAGUUCUCCAACUUCAAAACUUGAAGUCUUUCAGAAAUAUAGAAACCGCCACGAUCAAAGAUUAGGUGCUAUAGAUACUGGUAGUAAAGUAUGGAGUCGAAAGCCUAAACAAGAAAUUGACAUGUUGGUUUUAAAAACCAUAGUAGAGAAAGAACCAGACCUAGUUAAGAAUUAUGAAGUUUUGAUAGGGUCAAUAUCUGUUAAUCUUGGCAAUUGCAGCCAAUCAGAGGGUUAUACAGUGGCAUCUCGAGAGGAUUGCAUGGUUGAGAAUGUGGCCAAGCAGAAUGGUUCUCAGGAUAAGCCAAUGAAACCUGAUUUUGUCAUGAGUGACAACAAUAGGUCAACAGUUAAGCUUUGGAGGCGCCGGCAUGAAACUAAAGAUCCAUUUCCAGUUAAAAGCGGUGGAACAGAAUCUGAUGCAGUCUAUGGAAAUGGAGAUUGUCAAAACUUAUCAGGUCCAAGUUGUUUAAGGUCGUGUAGUAUAGAUGGUAGUGAUAUUGAUGAUGAAAACAAUUUCUCCCAUCUAGAGGGUAGAGUGGAUCCGGGAAGCUUACGGUUAUCGAGCCAUGCUGCAAAAGCCUUUCUUGCACAAAGAUGGAAAGAAGCUAUCUUAUCAAAUCAUGUGAAAUUUGUUGUUUCCCCUGAUUCUGAACCUACUGGAUGUCAGGAGAUACAGGAUUUUGAAAUAGGAGCAUGUCAAUCUUCUGAUGUUGACAGAUGCAAAAUUCUUUCAAACUCAGAAAACAGGUUGCCUGUAACCUCCAGAAUUACUAAAUCCAAACCCAAAAUGAAGCCUGGAAAGGGAACCAAGAUAAAGUAUGUUGCAAAUCAAAAAAUAGCUACCUAAUAUGAAAGAAGAAAUUGGAUCAUUCAAUUAUACAGAUAUGCACAGUUUGACUUGUUGCCAAUUAAUUUGUUAGCAGAAGUUCCAGUUUUACCAGAUGGUCUUCUGUCAGAAUAUUGAAGGUAGGUUUUGCCGGAAAGUCUUUAUAUUCUGCCCUUUUCUUUCAAAUGAUGUCAUAUGGGAUUAGGUAUCAGGUGGUUCUUUUUUCUUGUGGAAUUAUUAGCAAAAUUUGUGUAAUAAAUUUGUUUUGUUACUAUAGAGGUCAUUUUUUUUUUUGGUGCAUUGGUUAUCGUCUUUUUUAGCAAAAUUGUUUUUUCUUUUCUUAC